UAAGCGACGAGAGGCAGCAACCAACUUCCAUCGUUAAAACUUAAAAAGGGUUUUCUUUUCCUCUCAAUGAUUCCAUCUAAUCCCCUAAAUCUUUAUCAACUUUCAUUUUCUUUUUAACCGUGCUUUCUCUUUAACCUGGAACCGUUUGAUGCAGUUCAUUUUCUGAUCCGGGUUUUAAUCUAGUUUUCAUUCUUUUUCUUUUUCGCAUCAAUUAAAGUGCACCCAAAGUUCUUGUCUUUCCAGAAAGGAAUAAUACCCAUCGGAAAAUAACCGGUCCAUUUUGAUAAGGUUUUUUUUUUGGAUCUCCUUUUGUAUGGAAUUUGAUAGCAUUGAUUGUAUGACAUCUUCAGAUGUGAUUGAUGAUGAUGAUGAGAUCCAUCAUCAUAAUCAGUUGUCUUCAUUGUUGAAGUCCCAUAGCAACAAUGGGAGCAGCAACAGUAUUGUGUCACCUGCGGUUCACUCAAGCACCACCAGUGUCCAUGAACUUCUGGAAUGUCCUGUUUGUACCAAUUCUAUGUACCCUCCCAUCCAUCAGUGUCACAAUGGGCAUACUCUCUGUUCGACCUGUAAAACAAGGGUACACAAUCGGUGCCCCACUUGUAGACAGGAGCUUGGUGAUAUUAGGUGUCUAGCACUAGAGAAGGUAGCUGAAUCACUUGAACUGCCUUGCAAAUAUACAUCACUUGGAUGCCCGGAGAUCUUUCCUUACUACAGUAAACUCAAACAUGAGGCCCUAUGCAACUUCAGGCCAUACAAUUGCCCAUAUGCUGGAUCAGAAUGCACUGUUGUUGGUGGUAUUCCAUUCCUUGUUGCUCAUCUAAGGGAUGACCACAAGGUUGACAUGCAUUCUGGAUGCACGUUUAACCAUCGUUAUGUGAAGUCCAAUCCUCGGGAAGUAGAAAAUGCCACAUGGAUGCUAACUGUAUUCCACUGUUAUGGCCAGUACUUCUGUCUCCAUUUUGAAGCCUUCCAGCUUGGGAUGGCCCCUGUUUAUAUGGCAUUCCUUCGUUUCAUGGGUGAUGAGGUUGAAUCCCGCAACUACAGUUAUAGCCUAGAAGUUGGGGGCAAUGGCAGGAAACUCAUUUGGGAAGGCACUCCAAGAAGCAUAAGAGAUAGCCACCGAAAGGUCAGGGAUAGCCAUGACGGCCUUAUUAUACAGCGUAACAUGGCACUUUUCUUCUCCGGAGGAGAUAGGAAAGAGUUGAAGCUGCGAGUAACCGGACGGAUAUGGAAAGAACAACAGAACCCAGAAGGUGGUGCCUGCAUACCCAACCUCUGCAGUUAAAAAGAAAAGGCCUGUUGGAUCCCUGAUGGCACACCCCAUAAUACCAUUUGCUGCAUAUUCUUGUAAUAUUCAUAGUAGCCUGCUGUUAGUGUUGUGAGAAUUCUUGAAUUCUGUAUGAAUAUUGGAGGCCUAAGCCUUUUCUCAAUUGUAAAAACAAAGUUAUAAAUAGUCUGCACUCUUGCAUACUAUGCUGUAAAAUAGUGAGAAAUACAAUGGAAAUGUGUUUGCCAA